AUGGUGCACAAGAACAAUUUCCCCGAAAACAUCCUCCUCCUUCAACAGCCCGCCGAUGGCCUAGGAAAGCUGUCUCUGGUCGGGUUUGAGCGCUUCCGUUUGGCAGAAGGGCGGACAUACAUGUCGGGCGACAAUACAUGGGAAAGGAACCUAUACCGACAUCCUAAACGCCAGGACCUCCACCCAGAAGAGGAAUACACAAUGCAACGUGAUAUUUAUAGUGUCGGAGUCUGCCUGCUGGAGAUUGGUCUCUGGACUUCAUUUGUCUGCUACUCGGAAGAUCCAAAGUUCAUUACUCCCAGCCCGGAGCUACCAAUUAAGGGACGCAUUGGAGCUAGGGACCAACAGAGGGCAGCUACCUUGAUCAAGGAUAUCCUUGGCCGGGAGGCCCUAACGCGUCUGCCAGCGGUGAUGGGCCAGAUAUGUAGUGACGUUGUUAUCUCGUGUUUGACCUGCCUGGACAAAAACAAUCAGAGAUUCGGAGAUGAAAGGGAGUUUGAAGAUGAGGAUGGCAUAUUGGUUGGAGUCCGCUACAUUGAAAAGAUAUUGUCUGAGCUGGAGAAGAUCAUU